AACAAGUAUAACAUCAUAUAUCGUUUUAUAUCAUUUAAAUGAUCAUAUAUAUUUUAUGUUUUUUUCGUGAUCAGUAUGAAUACGGGUUUGUAUUAUUCAAAUCGUAUUUAAGUGUAAUGAUAUUAAAAGUGAAGUAAAAAGACCCACAAAAACAUCAAGGGUUGCUCUGUCACGGAAAUAAUUGCAAACGUGAGAAAUUUGCAAGCAUGUGUAACGGUUCAUAUAUUACGGGACGAGUAUGGUCACAAGACUUGUUCUGUAGAUAUAUAAGGAGAUACCUCACCGGUUUUGCGGGUAUUUGCUGUCAAAAUGAUUCAAAAGAUUGUGAUAGCCAUUGCGUGUUUUCAUGUCGUAGCUGGUGACUUUGUGUUCCAUGAAACAUUACCGGACACGGUUAACGAAUGUUUUGAAAAUGCAAAGAAAGAGCCAGUUAACUUCCACCGUGCUCAAAGAGCAUGUAUGUUGGCAUACUAUACCGAAGUCUUGCAACCUCAAAAUCUAACAGACGAGGACAAAAGAUUUUUUGCAGAACGACAAAAUUCGAGGUUUAUGUUUACUCCUCCGAAGACGGGGUUUCGGCUGCGUCGUGAAAUUCGGACAUUGUCAAAGGAAGAGAGGCAAAGAUUUUUCAAAGUGCUGCAAACUAUGUACAAGGAAGGGACGAUACAAAAAUUUGGAAGACUUCAUGGACAAACACGCAAGAAGGUCCAUAAAGGAGCUGCAUUUCUGCCUUGGCAUCGUGUGUUUAUAUUAGACUUUGAGGAGGAAAUGAGGCGCAUUGAUGAACGUGUGUUCCUUCCAUACUGGGAUUACACAAUAGAUAAUAAUAUCACAAAACCAUCUGAUUCUGUCGUCUGGUCGGACUGUUUCUUCGGCAAUGGGGAAGGAUUUAUUAAAACGGGGCCAUUCCGGAACUGGUACGGCGGACACAGUAUACAGAUGCAACGAGAUUAUGCGAGAGGUGGGCAAUGUCCGCCGAGACUUAUUAAUAAGCUUGACAUCAACAGAAUCAUGAAGAAGUGCCACUUUACGGAUGUGACGACCGGCAGUGAACCAUUUUAUGACAACAUUAACAAUAUCGAGAUGUUACAUGAUGGCGUGCAUGACUGGGUCGGCGGAGAUAUGGACGAAUUGCCGUUUGCAGCGUUUGAUCCUGUUUUCUACUUACACCAUGCUUUCAUAGACUAUAUCUGGGAGAAGUUCAGAAAUCGUCAAAGAAACAGUUGUCAUAUCAAUCCAGAAACCGACUGGCGACCGAAAAAUGACCUUUGUCAGAUUGGGCGUGAGGAUCAUGGAGCAUUUGAUACAAUGUUUGGUUACCCACACCUCCGUAAUAUUGACGGAGCUUGGAACAACAUGACACAAUACUUCUAUAACUACGAAGAACAACCGGAAUGUCCACACUGUAGUCAUUCUGAAUAUCUUUAUUGUGACACAAAAGUAGACAGUGAGUUUCCUGAAGGUAUUUGCUUAACAAAGACAAAGGACGUGUGUGAAAGUGGAGAGAGCAUUUUAGACAACGAAAGUGAAAGGGGAACUCAAUGGAACCUAGACAAUCGCCCCGUCCCAUUUACUGUUGAAAGGAUCAAAGGAAUGUCCGGGGAUGGAAGAAGCAGGGACAUGUCAUUUGAAGAUAGUUUCAAGGUUUUACAAUCUGAAAUAGGAAAAGGCACUCCUCGGAACAAGACAGGACACAUGAGCGUGACUGCAAAGAACGCACUAUUAUUUCACUACACAGUUAAGACGUCAGGUGACAAACACGACGAUUCGAAAUACAAUAUAUCCCUGCAUGAGUGUACAAAGGGAUGUUUAGGUCUUACUGUCAUCGGGGUAGCCUGCAUUGCAUUGCUGUUCUGUACAAUCGUAGGACUCCUUUUCAAACGCUUUUAAAAUAAUGACGAAAAUGUGUUCAACUUCGAAAUGUGAAGCAAAUUGUUUGUUUCUUAUCAAUUGUGUAAAAUGCAGCUAUUAUAAAAACAAUAGCUAUGAUAAAAUAUGAAUGCAUUUUUCAAGUUAACAUUUUUUGAACUUAUUGAUCUAUGGGCUGUUUCACUAUCAGAAGACAACAUAAUUUGGUAUAUUUUAUACAGUAUUAGCCACUAUUGCCGUUUUUAUCAAUUUUAAGUACUAGUUUACAAACAACCAAAAAUAUUUUAAAUUCAUCUUGUUUAAAUCAUUGUUUUACUAAAAUUAUUCUUGAAGUUUAUACAGGUUGCACAUUGAACCCAUUUUAAUGUUUUCAAUCAAUUUUCUAUGACCACCAUGUCGCCGAAAACCACCAUAUUUUAUAUUUAUUCAUAAACAUUAUCAUCAUAUAUUUUUCAUAUGAAUGCUUUUAUUACAUAUUUACAUAUACAACUUAUAUAUAUAUAUAUACUGCCAAUGCAAUGUUACUUGUUUUUUUGUAACUUUUGUAUAGAUAACAACAUAUUUUUUCCAAUGCUUCUUUUUUAAUUUGAUUGACUUUGUUUCCAAAUAUUUGUUAAAUGUUCAGGCCGAUUAUUUGCAAUUGCAUUUUGCUGUCGUUAUUGUUUGCUGCUUAAAUUUAUCAUUUUGAACUGUAAUGGAGAUCAAGUGUCAUAUUUUUUUUCUGUUAUAAUGAAUGAUUGUUAAUUUGUUAAGAUCAUAGCCAUAAUAUUAUUACAUAUAUAUUAAAACAAUAUUUAUUAUAUACUUAAAAAUGAAAUAUUAAGAAAUACUGAUGAAACAAAAUGCGUAUUUUCAUUUUCCAUAUUUUAACUGUAAAUAUUUUUUAUACAUUGCAGUGAAACAUAUUUCCAUAUUUUCAUUUUUGUCUUGCCGGACUGCUUUCUUCUAAAUUCAGCCGAUAAAUUAACAAAGUUAAGGGGAAGUCUUCUAAAAAGAGAAAAUGUAUAUAAUUAACAGAAAUUUCAAGGUCUUUUCUAUGCCAUAAAUACAGGAUUUAUUUUUAUCUUGUGAUAAGAAAAUUGUCAUAUUUCGUACCACUCGAUGAAGAUAAAUACUUUAUUUAUAGAAAAAAAGUUGAAUAUCCUCUAUAAAGUAUAGGUUAUAAAUCAUAUAUAUAUGAAUUGCGUAUAAAUGAAAUAGUAGUGACCACUGCACCUUAUUAUAUAAACUAUACCCUGUUUAUAGUUCACUCCGCCCCUUUUUGUCGAUCCAUUUCAUGUUACUCACGCCGUGCCCAUAGUAGGAUAUUGGCAGUUGCUAAAUUUAAGUCGACGACGGAAACGUGUGAAUGUACAUGUAUAUAUUAGUUACCAAUACAAAUCCUUACUAACAAAGUAUGUAGAUAUAAAUAUGGUAAAAAUAGUAAAUUCAUUAAAGUUUAGAAUAUUAGAUGUGAAGAUGUUUAAAUUAAUUAUAACUGAAUAAACAUUUUUGUUCAACCCUUAAACUUAUGUUUCUUAAACUGUUUUAUUCUAAGGAGGUCAGCAACUUAACGAGUUUUCAAAUUCUUAGUAAACUGCGUUUUAUGGUUUGGUUUAAACAUCAUUAUUUAUUUGAGCUCGAUUGCAAAAAAAAUCUUGCAACUUAUAAUUAUCCCUUUCGAGUCCGCUUCCAGGACCAAACCAGUACUGGUGUAAUAUGAAGAAACAUGGUCGUGACCCGAGUAGGGCUCGAACCCAUUAUCUCUGGGUUGAGAGGCAGAUACAUUAACCACUAGACCACCGCUCCCUAUCUGUGUUUUAUAAACAAUAUACCUACAUACAUGUAUUGUAUAUUGCACAAGCCUGACUACUAAUAUGUUUAUAUAUUAACUUAGACUUAUAUUCAUUUGUAUUUUAAUUCCUGUAUUUACAUAUAAAUAAAUAAUACAUUGUACUCUAAUUUGCAA